AGCUCAUCUGCAGGGAACAGCCAUGGGAGAGCAGCUGUAGUUAGCGAUGCCCGGACAACUCACGUAAAUGGCGCCUGUUAAAGGGAAAUUAAAGCAGCGCCUGCUGUUCCUCCUCGUCCUGCUCCCGCUCUCAGGUGUUCUAUGCUUUAGCGAGCUGUUUUUCAUCAAGGAGCCGCAUGAUGUCACCGCCAUGCGAAAAGAAGCUGUUAUUUUGAACUGUCAGGCGCAUGGAGAGGCACCCAUCGACUUCAGAUGGCUCAAGAAUGGAGUAAAAGUGGCGGAGAGCGAACGCGUGUAUCUUCUCUCCAAUGGCUCCCUUUAUAUUUCGGAAGUGGAGAGCCGAAGAGCCGACAAAUCAGAUGAAGGGUUCUAUCAGUGCCUGGCUCAGAACAAGUACGGAGCAAUCCUGAGUCAGAAAGCCCGUCUUACAAUCGCAAGUAUCUCCUCUUUUGCAAUCCAGCCGACACCCAUAGUGGUUACUGAAGGCUCAGUCGCGAGGUUUUCCUGCAAAAUCAGUGCCCACCCUCCUCCCAUCAUCACUUGGGAACUCAAUCGGGUCACAUUACCCCUUGCCACUGAAAGAAUCACAGUCCUGCCCAGUGGCGUUCUUCAAAUACAUGGGGUGCAGCGGGCAGAUGCUGGAAAUUACCGCUGCAUUGCCACCAACAUUGCCAGCCGGCGCCGCAGCACGGAGGCCCCCCUCACUGUCACCCCAGCUCUCAGCCCCCAGCUUCCCCAGAGGCCGCGCAUCAUCACUGGGCCCCAGAACAUUUCAGUGUCCCUCCACCAGAGUGCCAUCCUGGAGUGCAUGGCCACAGGCAAUCCCCGACCCAUCAUCUCCUGGAGCCGAGCGGACAGCAAGUCUAUUGAUGUUUACACCACUAAAGUGUUGGGAAAUGGCAACCUCAUUAUCACAGACAUCAAGCCCAAGCAUGGAGGAGUCUACUUGUGCAGAGCCACCACUCCUGGCACACGGAACUUUACUGUUGCCUCAGCCAACGUCACUGUAUUAGCACCACCCUCUUUGGUGGAGUGGCCGGAGAGCCUGACCCGACCACGCGCUGGCACCGCCCGCUUUGUGUGCCAAGCUGAAGGAGUUCCAACACCUCAAAUCACUUGGCUCAAGAACGGAGAGAGAGUUCACUCAAAUGGUCGAAUCAAGAUGUACAACAGCAAACUGGUGAUCAACCAGAUCAUACCUGAGGACGAUGCCAUCUAUCAGUGCCAGGCAGAGAAUGAGCAGGGAUCGGUCCUCUCCAUGGCGAGGCUCAUUGUGGUGAUGUCAGAGGAUCGACCGAGCGCACCCAGGAACCUCCGAGCUGACACCGUGUCGAGCUCUGCGAUCCUUCUGGCUUGGGAGAGACCUCUGUAUAACUCCGAUAAAGUUAUUGCUUACUCGGUGCACUACAUGAAGGCUGAAGGAUUAAACAACGAGGAAUAUCAAGUUGUCAUUGGAAACGAUACGACUCGCUACAUUAUUGAUGACCUGGAGCCAGCUCGCAACUACACCUUCUACGUUGUGGCCUACAUGCCCAUGGGAGCCAGUCGCAUGUCGGACCACGUGUUCCAGCACACGCUGGAGGAUGUUCCCCUCCGAGCCCCUGAGCUCAGCCUCACCAGCCGCAGCCCCACAGACAUCCAGGUGUCUUGGCAGCCUCUUCCAGACAAGCUGAGCCGCGGCCGAGUCUCUGCCUAUCGUUUGUCCUAUCGCACCAGUGCUGAGAAUACAGUCUCACAGAUAGAGCUACCUGGAGAGAAGACCAAUCAUCUACUGGAAAACCUGCAGCCUGACACCAUCUACCUUCUGCGUAUCAAUGCUGCCACCAGCAUAGGGUUUGGUGAGCAGUCGGCCUGGACAUCCCACCGCACUCCCAAGGCGUCCAGUGCACGAGUACCUCUGGCUCCCGAGCUGCAUUUGGAGCCUUUGAACUGCACCACUAUCGUGGUGCGCUGGCAGUUGACGAACAGAAACUCAGUCAGUGUGCAGGGCUACAGACUCUUCUAUCAUGAGGAGAGCCAGCCGGAGAACACACCAGUUCAGCUGCGCGCCUCAGAUAAUACACACACCAUCGGAGGCCUUGAUCCAAGGAAGAAGUACCACGUUAAACUUCUGGCUUACAAUUUCAUCGGAGAUGGCUACCAGGCGGACCAGACUAUCAGCACCCCUGGAUGUGUCUCUGUUCGAGAUCGAAUGGUGCCUCCUCCACCUCCACCACACAACGUGUACGCCAAGACUAACAGUUCCACAGCCAUGUUUCUGCACUGGGGCAGACCCGCCUUCACCUCCGGCAAUGCAGUCAACUACACCAUCCGCUGCAACCCUGUGGAUCUGCAGAACGCCUCCCUGGUGCUCUACCUGCAGACGAAUGAGCAGAGCCUCCUGGUGCGAGAUCUGGAGCCCAACACCAAGUAUGAAUUUGCUAUUCGCCUUCACAUUGAUCAGCUCUCCAGCCCCUGGAGCCCUGUGGUCUAUCAGAGCACUUUCCCUGAACCUCCCAUGCUCCCCCCUUCCAACGUGAAAGUAACUCUGAUUGAGGACGACACUGCGCUGGUUUCAUGGAAGUCCCCAGAUGAAUCCAACAUCGCCGUGACACACUACACAAUCCUGUUCGCCUCCAGAAACGCGUGGAUAGCCGGGGAGUGGCAAGUGCUGCAAAGAGAAGGGACUAUCACCAUGGCGCUGUUGGAGAACCUGAAGCCUGGUCAGGUUUACCUGGUGAAAGUUUCUGCAUCCAACCACAUGGGUGAUGGACCAUUCUCUCACACAGUGGAGCUGACAGUGUUUUCAGAUCUCUCCUCUGACCCUCGGCAAUCCACAGGCUUUUCUGAUGGCUUCUACCACCUGGACCAAAAAUCAAUGACAGGGAUCACUGUGGGUGUCUGCAUUGCUCUCAUCUGCAUCAUCAUAUGCGCUUUCAUUCUUGUCUGCCGAGGCAAAAACAGGAAAUUUUUAGCUGCUAAAACUUACAGAGGAGGUGUGAGCACAUCGGCCUCGGCUGCAGGACAGCUGGGCUCUGAUGGACAAGUUGAGAACGCUGAUGUGACUGUGCCAAUGAUGAACCAUUUCAUUGAUGCAAAGGGUGGAACAAGCCUCAUGAUCAAUUGUCUUGGUCCGGUUCAGCCCAGUGCUGAGAUGAAAAAGAAAUGGUUCUCCUUCAGCAAUAAUGUGAAGAAGGACAGUAAAGCAGUACAGAAUAUGAGACAUGGCUCUGUCACCUACCAGUCAGGCAACACAAUGUUAACCUACGAGGACGAGCUAGUUUCUCCGGACCAGCCCUGCACCCUGCAGGCACUGCUCGGACACCAUGGCGACACAGAGGGAUCCUCUAACAGCGAGGGCAGCCACGAAACAGGUGACUCGGGUCGCUACUCUCACGACGAGACAGAGAUGACCAACCUGUCAUCUGGUGCCAGCAGCCGCCCGCCAUCUCUGACAGCGGAGGACAGUGGAGGCUUAGACUGCAGCGGCCCUGCUGAAGAACCCAACGAGCUGUCGGAGGCCGACCCGAAGUUAAUGAAGUCUGUUGAUAACGACUGCUGUCACCACGAGGUUCAGGGCAGUUCUCAAUCUGCACUUUCUCUCUAAGUUUGUAGGAAUGUCUGUGAGUUUGUGUGCAAUGCUGUGUGUGUGUGUGUGUGUGUGUGUGUGUGUGUGUGUGUGUGUGUGUGUGUGUGUGUGUGUGUGUGUGUGUGUGUGUGUGUGUGUGUGUGUGUGUGUGUGUGUGUGUGUGAGAGAGAGAGUGAGUGUAAAGGAAGUGGUAUUCAUUUUGUUUAUUUACACUCCAUAACAGAAAUAUUAAAGGGAUAGUUGGGCCUUUAGGGACAUGGGGUAUUCUACAUGAUACAACAAUGUAGUAGUCACCAAGAAAAUAAAAUAACACAAAGAAAUAGAAAAGGGACUAACUCAGCCCGCCACAGACAGAUUUGACUAAAAUUCAUCGAUGUCACACCGCUGAAGUUAUUUCCUGUUGGAAGUUACCACAGGCUUGAAUGUCCGUAUGAGAGAGAGAGAAAGAGAGAGACAGGUGUAGAGAGACUUUUUUUUUCUUUACCUUAUUCCUCAUUUGUUAUAGUGUAAAAAUGCCAUUGUUGGCCUUUUACACUAUAAAGAAUGUUGGCAGUGAAGGUAUUUUGACUUCUUUCACGUCUUUGUUUUUCCUUUUAAUGAAUGUAUUUUUUUCUUUAUUCUCUCUUAAUUUGUGCUUGUUUGUUUUUGAAAAGAAAAAUCUCACCCACCAUGAAUGUUAAAAGAAGAUUGUCCAAAAUGUGAAAAGUGACAUUUCCGACAUUAUUUAAGAGAGUUUUAUCACUGGAGCGAAAGGGAAGAGUGAGUCCCUGUCGCUGAUUAUCUACCUCAGUUUACCUCCGGGUAAACUUUCCAAUGUAUAUUUAAUAACUACUUAUACCUACGUUAUUUGACGGGCUUCAGCUCCAACACAUUUUAUACUUCCUGGUGACUUUCUUUCUGAUUGUCAUCCUGUUUUUGUCUUUUUCUCUUACUUUGUCCUGAUUUACUGGAUGGUGAGGGCACUGCCGCUUCUUCCUCGCUCCACCUGUGCUGUGGACUGAAGGAUGUAAAACACAUGAACAGUUUGUUAUUUAUCUCCUCAGAUGUCGCUGAGGUACUGAGCCAGUAUUAAUAUUUUUUUGUGUUCAUUUUGUCCAUUAUUGAGUAAUGGAAUGAAAGGAAUGAUGAAUGUCUGUGUGUCAGUGUGCAGCUGCCCUUGCUACUCCUGUUUUAUACUACCUCGUUUAACAAGUUAUUUUAUUGUCUCAUUGGUUUCCUAAACUCAGGGAACAAGGUUUAGUACAUUUGAAAAGUCAUGUAGUGUUACAUGGUGAACUGACAGGGUAUCUUCUCAGUACUAAACUGUUGUAGUGUGUAAUUGCCUAAUAGAAUAUGCAAUGAAUGUAUCUCAGAUAUUGUGUGUGCCCCCCCCCCCCUCCAGAUGGAAUCCCCCUCUGUAGUUUCUCCUCAGGUCCGACAAUGUCUGUUCUUACAACAGACCCUCGUGUUUGUUGACUUCUUCCUUUUUGUUCAUGUAAAAAUUCACACCAGAAGUGCUUACAGCGGCAUGCCGGUACAGAAAAGCUUUACAAUUGGCCUUAAUGUGGAAAAAGCCCCUCGGAGGCUGAAACCAAAGCCUAAUCUCUCUGAGGGAGAUGCUCCACAUGAGGAUGCAUCACAUGAAGAAGGAUUUUACAAAAGAAAAGCAAUGGAAGUGUUUAAUCAGAGAUGAAAGUGAAGAAUUGAAUGAACACCAUGAAAAAUCUAUAUUUUUGUUAGAAGAUAUGUACUACCGAGUACACAUUGUAGUUUUGUUCCAAGUAGUAUUUUUGCUUUGCUGUAGAGUAGAUAAAGAUUAGCACUUGACUGCCAAGUAGUUUUAUAUUAUCAGCCAAUGUGCAGCGGUGACUGUGACGCUAUUUACCCAAAGAGUUGUUUGCUACCCAAGUUUAUUUUAGUCUCUCAACUAAUCUCUGGCAGAAGGUUACUGAGGAGUGGUGAAAUAAUCAGAAAACAUUCGACCAAAGAUUUUAAACGCGGCCUUGGAGAUCAGUUGAAGUGCUGCUCCACAAACGAAGCCUUGCACAUUAGUGGCCUUGACCUGCGACAAAAUGAGAGUAGAGAGUUGCGGGUUAAAUCUCUGGGAAAGUGCCAGCAGGAUUCACGGGCCCUUAAUGACGAUGGAGUGACAAUUAAUAAUCAAUCUUAUGCACACAAACCAAAUUAUCCUCUCGCAGAGUUCCUCGAAAACUGUUGCAAGCAGACAUCUGUACAUUGUAGCUCAAAAUAAUAAGCGUUAAAUACAAUAUAUUAUAUUGAUAGUAGUCUGUGUUGCAGCAGUGCAGUCAUGUGUAAAUGUGCACCCACUGAUUUUUCACCUUGUGAAUGAGUGAAAAAAAAAUUUAACAAAAUUAUUAAGAUGAUAUUAAAGUUUGUAUUUGAGAUAUUUCCUGGUUAGAGCUAUAUAUAAAGUACAUUUUAAACAAUCAAUCUAUGAAGUAUAUGAUUCUAUUAUUCAGAUUUAAUGUUUUAUUUUAAAAAAGACUAUCCUUUACGAUGUCACAAAUGGUAAUGAUUGCAGUUUUUAAUGAUUGUAUUGCAUAUGAGAGAUUUCAGAAAGGUCAGUGGAUGUACGCGUGUUUUCACAAUGCUGUAUUUUUAAUCAGAGGAUUCUGCAGAGGAUUCAAUCAGAGGAAACGUUUGGGCUGAGAUGUGACACAAUCAGUUUAGCUUUCUUUCUUUUUUUAAAAAGCAAACAAUGUAAACCAAAGAUUUUUUUUUUUUAUAAGGUCACCGUUGUAUAUUGGCAAGAGAUUCGUUGUAAAGCAUCCUACCUUUGUGUGAAAUGUUGUCAAUUCCAGUGUUCUCUUACUCAUUUUACGACUGUAUCAUGUGUUGUACUCCAGGAACGCAGGAGGAAAACGAUACUCUGCGAUUCUUAAUCAUUAAUUUCCACAAAAUCAAGUUUGGCUCUUUUUUAAAUCGGUUGUUUUUCAAGAUAAAAUGGAUUUUUGAUACAGUGGAUCAUUGUUAUCUUGAAAAGGAGGAUACACAUUUCCAUUCUAACUCAAACCCUGUAAUGUAUUCAUAUUAUCUGUGUUGUUCAUCAAUCCAGAAUCUGAAAACGACACUCAUGCUUAGUUUGUGAACCAAAAACACUAUGUCCAUGUGAUGUGAAGUAUUUUACCUGGGAUAAGAUACUGUCCUCCUACCCCACAAUAACUACAGCUGUAGUGGAGUAGAGAUUCUGGUUGGGCCUCGUGCAGCUUAUACAGAUACAGAAGUGAUUUUAAUUGUUUCAUAUUCCGUUGUAGGUACAGAUGAAAUACACUUUGUCUUUAUUUUCUGUGAGACUGAGAUAACAAUAACACAGAGAGGAACCAGGAUGUCGUCCUGUUGCCUUUCAUUUCAGGAAUGGUGUUAUGUUUGAGUUGUGUUCCUGUUCGAGCAUGUGAAUUUAAAGGGAUAAAACACAGUCUCGUCUGUGUAUGAGCAGACUGGCUCUUUGUUCUUCCUACUGCAGUAAUGUUGAGUUUAAAUAAUGUAGGGGGAGCGCUGUGGGUCAUUUACAGUCAAACUCAGGGGGACCCACAGCUGCUCCUCCCUAAAGAGAAGCAGGCGUCAUCUCUUGAAAAUUGAAUGUAACUUUUUGUAAUUAUUAUGUUUCCUGUUAAUGUUUUGUUAUAUUUUGUCAGUUUGUCUUUGUCAGCAAAAUUACUUGCAAGUUUUUGUUUUGUUUUUGCCAAAAAUGUUUAGCUAGGAGAUUUUUAGAA